AGCGCGCUGGCGUCCACCUCCUAUUGGGAGGGAAGGAGGCCAUUUCAGCUGGCUCUGGGAGGAGGGGGGAAAGCUUGGCAGCAGCUGCGCAACCAGACACGAAGGCGGGCUGUGGUUUCUCCUCUUCGGCUCCUGUUCCUCGCUACCCUUGUGUGAACAUGGCAGGGCUGAGCGGCGGCCCCCUCCGCUUCGGGCGGUGCAGCCACGCCGUGGUGCGGGCGCUACCGGAGUCGCUGUGCCAGCAGGCGCUGAGACGGGAGAAGGCGAAAGAGGUGGACUUCGCGCGCGCCGAACGGGAGCACCAGCUCUACGUGGGGGUGCUAAAGAACAAGCUGGGGCUGCAGGUGUUAGAGCUGCCCGGCGACGAGAGCUUGCCCGACUCUGUCUUUGUGGAAGAUGUGGUCGUCGUGUGCGAAGAGACCGCUCUCCUCACGCGCCCGGGGGCGCCCAGCAGGAGGAAAGAGGUUGAAGCAAUGAAGACAGCACUUGACAGUCUUAGCCUGAAUAUUGUAGAGAUGACAGAUGAGCAGGCAACCUUAGAUGGAGGAGAUGUUUUAUUUACAGGUCGGGAAUUUUUUGUGGGUCUUUCAAAACGGACCAACCAUCGUGGUGCAGAAAUUCUGGCAGACACCUUUAAGGAUUAUGCUGUUUCUACCGUCCCUGUUGCUGACUCCUUGCAUUUGAAAAGUUUUUGCAGCAUGGCUGGACCAAACCUCAUUGCUAUUGGUUCAAGUGAAGUUGCGCAGAAAGCCCUCAAGACUAUGCAGCAGAUGAGUGACCAUCGCUAUGACAAACUUACAGUCCCUGAUGAUGCAGCAGCAAACUGUGUAUAUUUAAACAUUCCUGGCAAAGGUCAUAUUUUGUUGCAUCGAGCCCCUGAGGAGUAUCCAGAAAGCGCAAAGGUGUUUGAAAAACUGAAGGACCACAUGUUGAUCCCUAUAGCUAACACCGAGCUAGAAAAAGUAGAUGGGGCACUCACUUGUUGUUCUGUCCUUAUUAAUAAAUCUUCACAAUUAUGAAUUUACAGACUUCCUUCCUUGUAUCUGGCAAUAAUGUACAAGCAAGGCAGAUGAAUCUGUAUUUCACUUGUAUUGAUUUUUCUUGACAAUCUACUGUACCACUGUGCUACUGACCUUUGUUUACAAUGGUGCCCCUUCACUCGUAAUUAAGGUGUGUGUAUAUGCUUUUUUCUGACAUAUAAAGACUUUGCAGCAUGUUUGUCUGGAUUAUCCCAAAAAAUGUUAUGAAAAUUAAUGGUUUAUGUAGUUGAUGUAAAAUGAUCUCAGAAGCAGAAGUAGGGGUCACUUCUAGCAUCACUUUUGACUGAGGCAAAAUAACAACAAUUAGAUGCAUUGAACUACUUUGUUGAACUUUCCUAUAACUUACCUUAAGUUCCUAGGACUGGAGUUUGAAAGCAGGUCAUUGAAGACAUAUGGCCGAAUGCCAUAUGAAAUGUAACACUGGGCCUCCUCACAGCCAGUUUUGUGAAUUUGUCAUCAACAAAUACUUUCCACCCCAAUGUAAAGAGUAAAACACUUGUUUUUCUGUUCGUAGUGGUUUUGUCACAGGAACUUUAUAAUGCUCUCAGGAGGGUUUAUCCACUCUUUUUCCACUGAUCUACCUACCUUCCAGGACUGAUAUUGAUAAGUCAUCAAAUAUUUACCAUCUGCAAGAGGCAUAAAAGUGGAAAAUUACAAGUGGUUACAAUAACAAAGUAGUUAGCCUUCAAAUAUGGACUGUUAGGAAGAUAAGGGCUCAGAUACAUACAUUUAUUCUUGUCAUCUCAAGUCAUUUCUUUUCUUUGUCUUGAGGAAAUUCACUAUAAUUAGAUUGUAACAUGAGAGGCAAAUCUGCACUGGACAGAAUAAUGCCUGUAUUUUAUAUAUUUUUCUUUAAUAACAAUUAGGCUUCUAUUUAAAUAGAACAGCCUCGUAUAUGAAAAUGUUGUUGAAAUUAGCUUGAGUAGUUAACAUUGACCCAAAAUAUGUCUUACUAAAUACUGAAGGAUUUUAGAAAUAAUUCUGGAAUUGGCCCAGUUUUAAUCCAGUCUGCCUUUUUGUCACCUUUCUCUUUAGUUAUGCAAUCUGCUUUUUGGGGAGGGAGCAGAGGGCUCUCUCCCAGAGUUCCAAGUUAUGGAUAACCAAAAGGAAAUUCAGUAGGCUUUCCUUCAGUACCAGCUGUGGUGUAAAACAAAUUCUGCUUAUUAUCCUAGAAAAUCAUUUUCCUGUUUGUGCCUUGGAAGAUAUAUUUGAAGAAAACUGUGAAUGAAAUUCAUUACAAACUGUAGGUGGAUUACUGUGAGGGUUCGAAGCACUUGUGUGUCCAAAAAGCUGGUUUGUUUAUUUGCACAUUUUUAUUUCAGUAGAUAUUCCGGUGUUCACAAGUUAAAACUUUUACAUAUUCUAAAAUUUUGAUUCACAAAGUUUUAACAAAUGAAUAAAACAUUUUAUUUUAA